AUGGCAUAUGACCGUUUAGUAGCAAUAAGCAACCCAUUACUUUAUACAGUCAUUAUGCACAAGAAAGUUUGUAUUCAGCUGGUAAUUAGCUCAUAUUUUUGUGGCUGUGUGAAUGCAGUGGUACAAACCAGCAGCAUCUUCACCCUCUCCUUCUGUAGGUCUAACAUAAUUGACCACUUCUUCUGUGAUAUUCCUCCUGUCCUAAAACUCUCCUGCUCUGAUACAAAUGCCACUGAAAUUGUGCUUUUUAUCUUUUCCACUGUGGUGGUGACAAGCACUGGUGUCAUCAUCUUCAUCUCCUAUGCAUACAUCUUCUCUGCCAUCUUGCAUAUUCACUCUGUGGAGGGCAAGCACAAAGCCUUUUCAACCUGUGCUUCCCACCUGACUUCUGUCACCAUUUUGUAUGGGACUGUGAUCUUCAUGUACCUGCGUCCCAACUCUAACUAUGCCCAGCAAAAAGACAAAGUUGUUUCUGUGUUCUAUACGCUUGUGAUCCCCAUGCUGAACCCCUUGAUCUACAGUCUAAGGAACAAAGAGGUGAAGGAUGCCGUGAGAAAGUAUGCAGGCAGAACAAGAUGUUCACAAGCAACAUAA